AUGUAUUGGGUCUCUUUUUGCUUCCAACAGGUCGAGACAAUUGGAGAUGCCUACAUGAUUGCAUCUGGCUGCCCGAUGCGGACCAAGUAUCAUGCACCUUUGAUCUCGGAAAUGGCUUUCGACAUGAUAAAUUCGAUCAAAUAUGUCAAAGAUGAGAAAGCAACGACAGUUGAAAAUUUGCGCAUCCGCGUGGUUCGUAGUUUGGUGCGACGAAUGGCAAAACUCACUGAUGAUGCCAACUACGAUGCCGGCGAAACGUUUGAGAAUGUACCAAGUUCACUGUCUGUUGCUGGGAAUCAUGACAACUACUACGGCAGACGACUUCGGGCUAGGUGCCUUCUACCAAGUCGCCCUGACAACAAGACCAAGUUGCGACCACAAGGAAUUCACAGUGGAAUGGCGGUAUCUGGUGUCGUAGGCCUCAAAAUGCCACGAUAUUGUCUAUUUGGUGACACUGUGAACACAGCAUCAAGAAUGGAAGCAGCCAGUGCACUUGUAAUGUUCCGUGAGCUUAAUUAA